AUGUUUGUUUCUGGUAGAUACUUGAGUUCCUCUGAACAGCCUAGCAAUGAUUCCUUGGGUCACAGUACCAGACGGCUCUUGUCACUCAACAGGAAUGAGAAGAAAAACCACACCAGCAAACUUCGAGAGCUGGCGCUGCUGCUCCCCAUUUCUCAGAAGAGUGGAACCAAGAAGCACACUAAGAAGGAGAUCCUUUUGCAUGUUCUGAACUACAUCCGGUACCUUCAGAGCAGUAUCAAUGUGGUCCAGACCCUGAUCGGAUGCCACAUCAGCAGCAGGGAAGUAGGGGCUGCAGAGCUCACCUGGGAGCCCACCACACCUGGAAGGCAGGAGAAUGUUCUGGACCAGGAGAGAAAGUCAGACACCGUGUCCUUCAUCCUCCCACCAGCGCUGGGUCAGAACUCAUCUUCAGACCAAACCAAGCAGAGAUUCUCCACCCCGCCCAGCUCCCCAAGCUCUCAGAAUUCUCAUUUUUGGGAGGCCUGCCACAAACCUCGCAAGAAAAAGUGCAAAUCGACCCGAGGAUCAGAAGAGCAGGAUGGACCCCAGAUGCUCCGCCGCUCUCUGGAUCUACAUAAGCCUGAGGAAGGGGAGACCACAUUUCCAGACCUGAGAGAAGAAAACUUGGGAGUAACCACCACCCCUCCAAAAUGCCUUGACCUCUGCAAUCCCCUCCCGGCUGCACUAUCCUCGCUCCAGGAUGGUGGUGAAGAAGGGAUAUUCCAGCUGGUAGUGCAGGACCUGGCUGAGAACAUCGACUCCUAUGACUUCACAAACUUCUGUGCUAUUGACAAUGCCAAGGAUCAUGAGCCCAAGGCUGAUGAAGAGGCCCAGCGAGCAGUGGAAACAGCCUUUCUCUUCAACAAGGUGCACAUCUCUCCCAGGCAGAUGCUGAUCUCCAGUGAGGAGCUGGACAAGGAAAUCCUAGGUGCUAACAUUUGGCUUCCUGCCUGGGAGACAAAGGACGACCCCUCGGAGACCCCACUGGUCUUGGAGCUUCCCCAGAGCAAUACCUGGGGUGCGACAAGCUAUACAAGCGACAGUUUAGCACUCAGCCCUUUGUUCUUCAGCUCCCCGAGCAAAGUCCUGCCAGAGCCCAUCCUACAGGAUGACACCUUCUACCUGACCGAGGGUCUCCUGGAAGAUGCUUUCUUGCAGCUGGAGUCCCUGCCUUCUCCUUGCUCACCCAAGGCUCCCCUAGGGAAGGAUGGCCCAUCCUGGGCCCCCCAGGAGCUUCCUGGUUCCUCCAGCCAGAGCUGGCCCUGCACCCCCCCAGACCAAUGCUACCUCUCACUGAGUGACAGCAGCGAGACGUCGUCCGGAUCUACUUCUGAGGACACGGCCACGGAUACGGAAUCCAUGUGGGAGCAGGAAGAGGACUUGCAGGCCGACCCCGAGGGCAUGCAGUCCUCCAGUAACGAGGAUGACUGCGCCUGGACCCCUUCCAGGCAGGCCUUGAACCCUCCCUGGGGCAGGAGGACAGCCAAGAAGAACCGGGCCCACAGGGUCCCCGGGAGACCCAAAGAGAACAAGAAAGCGCCCUGCCCAGCCCAGGCGAAGAAAAAGUGUGUCAACGGCUUCAUCAUGUUCUGCAGGAUGAACCGGAAGCAGUAUAUCCGAGCCUGCCCUGGAACCGCGUCCACCGCCGCCACCAAGGAGCUGGCCCAGCUGUGGCGCAUGAUGUCCCUGAAAGAGCGUAGGCCAUACUGCACCAAGGCACGCAGGUUCAGCCGGCAGCACAACCGCGUGGUGAAGCAGGAGAACUCCAGCAGUGAGGACGACGAGGACUGGGAGAUGCCCAAGCCCUUCUACCAGCUGCUGGCCCAGCGCGCAUGUGUGCCCCCGGAGCCCACCUCACCACCCAAGCCUGGCCACCAGUGA